GGGAGACCUUGGGGAGGCGGCGGAGGCGCUUAGCGGAGGUGAAAGCCUUGGCAGAAAGGAAAGUGUAGCGGCAAGAUGCAGAGCUGGAGUCGUGUGUACUGUUCCUUGGUCAAGAGAGGCCAUUUCAGUCGAAUAUCUCAUGGUCUCCAAGGAGUUUCUGUAGUGCCACUAAGAACUUAUGCAGAUCAACCAAUCGAUGCUGAUGUGACAGUAAUUGGCUCUGGUCCUGGAGGAUAUGUUGCUGCUAUUAAAGCUGCCCAGUUAGGCUUCAAGACAGUCUGUGUUGAGAAAAAUGAAACACUCGGUGGGACAUGCUUGAAUGUUGGUUGUAUUCCUUCUAAGGCUUUAUUGAAUAACUCUCACUUUUACCAUUUGGCCCAUGGAAAAGAUUUUGCAUCUAGGGGAAUUGAAAUGUCCGAAGUUCGUUUGAAUUUAGAGAAGAUGAUGGAACAGAAGAGUAAUGCAGUAAAAGCUUUAACAGGUGGAAUUGCCCACUUAUUCAAACAGAAUAAGGUUGUUCACGUGAAUGGAUAUGGAAAGAUAACUGGGAAAAAUCAGGUCACCGCCACGAAAGCCGAUGGCAGCACUCAAGUUAUCGAUACAAAGAAUAUUCUUAUAGCCACAGGUUCAGAAGUCACUCCUUUUCCUGGAAUUACGAUUGAUGAAGAUACAGUAGUGUCAUCUACAGGUGCUUUGUCUUUAAAAAAAGUUCCAGAAAAAUUGGUUGUCAUUGGUGCCGGAGUCAUAGGUGUAGAAUUGGGCUCAGUUUGGCAAAGGCUUGGUGCAGACGUGACAGCAGUUGAGUUUUUGGGUCAUGUUGGCGGUGUUGGAAUUGAUAUGGAAAUAUCUAAAAACUUUCAACGUAUCCUUCAAAAACAAGGAUUUAAAUUUAAAUUAAACACGAAAGUUACUGGUGCUACUAAGAAAUCAGAUGGAAAAAUUGAUGUUUCUAUUGAGGCUGCUUCUGGUGGUAAAGCUGAAGUCAUCACUUGUGAUGUACUGCUGGUUUGCAUCGGCCGACGACCCUUUACUCAGAAUUUGGGACUAGAAGAGCUUGGAAUUGAGCUGGAUCCUAGAGGUAGAAUUCCAGUGAAUACCAGAUUCCAAACUAAAAUUCCAAAUAUCUAUGCAAUUGGUGAUGUGGUUGCUGGUCCAAUGCUGGCUCACAAAGCAGAGGAUGAAGGCAUUAUCUGUGUUGAAGGGAUGGCUGGUGGCGCUGUACACAUUGACUACAACUGUGUACCAUCGGUGAUUUACACACACCCUGAAGUUGCUUGGGUUGGCAAAUCAGAAGAGCAGUUGAAAGAAGAGGGUAUUGAAUAUAAAGUUGGGAAAUUCCCAUUUGCUGCUAACAGCAGAGCUAAGACAAACGCUGACACAGAUGGCAUGGUGAAGAUUCUCGGGCAGAAAUCGACAGACAGAGUAUUGGGAGCACAUAUUCUAGGACCCGGUGCUGGUGAAAUGGUAAAUGAAGCUGCCCUUGCACUGGAAUAUGGAGCAUCCUGUGAAGAUAUAGCUAGAGUCUGCCAUGCACAUCCGACCUUAUCAGAAGCUUUUAGAGAAGCAAACUUGGCUGCAUCAUUUGGCAAAUCAAUCAACUUUUAAAUUAGAAGAUUAUAUUUUUCUGAAAUUUCCUGGGGACUUUUGUAGAGGUCACAUUUCUGAACAGGAAAUGCUCACAGCUGCAAAAAUUUCUAGGACUGAAUUAUGAAACUUUUGGAAGGUAUUUAAUAGGUUUGGACAGAAUUGAAGUCUCUUAUCUAUAUUUUAAAUAAAUUUAAUAUUGUUUCACUGCAUUAAUAUUUGCAGAAAAAAGCUACUUAUAGUAGCUUCCUAGAAAAUUUUCUUCAGCCCAUAUUUUCAUGCUGUUUAUGAAGGGUUUAAUGUCACUGAAUUUAUGUUAAGUAGCUUUUAUCUCUGAUACAGGAUUUACUUACAUGGAUGCAGCUGGAGUAUGGUAUGUGAACAGCUCUGUUUGAACCAAGGUGAUCAGGUUAUUUGAAACUUGGUUUUCACAUUGGAAACAGUCAUUAGAAGAAGUUGGAAACAUGUAUAAACUGAUGUAAAUAAAAAAUGAUGAUCUCAGUUAUUUUAAUCCCCAAUGUCUUGGUGGUUAGAGGUAAAAUUUUGUUUAGAUUUUUAAGAUUCUGUUGAGGUCUAAAGUAUAGUUAUACAGUUAACCGAAGUAAGGCGGUGUAUAUACAAAAAUCAAGUAUCAGAUGGAGAAGCAAUGUAUUACAGUGGAAAAUGAAGACACGGAAAUAAAUAUGUCUUAAAUAUUCA